AUGCAAUCACCGUCACCGAUGUUUACGAAUGAAACUUUCAAAGCCCUUAAUCACUAUCGCACGAAAAGAUACAGCUCAAAGCUCACUGAACUGAUAAGGUUGAAAAACAUAAGACUAUCCGUCAGUGAUAAGAGCGGAGAGUUUGUCUUAAAUGCUGAGAUAACGAAAAAGGCUGCUGGUUUAAAAUUAUUAGCUACCUCUCAACUAAAAAUUGACUUACUAAUAUGUCCCGUCUUGUGCUUGCUUAUAAAAACUCAUAAGUUGGUAUCCAGCGAUGAUCUUGUGUCUACUGAUCCAUCAUUGUUUAAGCUUAUACCUAUCACUAGCCGUGUAGACGGGCCAACGGAUAGGAUAACGUGGUUUUUAACCUCAAUAUUUACCCAGUUGCUGAAACACAUUCCAACCCAUCUUACGAAUACCCAGAUGUUUCUGGAUCGUCUACGUACUGGGCAGCCCAGUAGCACGUACGUCAUGGGACCUUCGACGUUACCGCCCUUUAUACAAACGUCUGCUCAAUCUUCAGAUGGUCUGGAAAAGUGUUGGCAAUGGGACAACGACUGGCACCUAGUAUUGCAAUUGAGUUUACGUCUAAGGUGGAAACACAAGUGA